CGUUCUGCCUCGAGACACGAAAAAAUGGCGUCGGAGUUUCGCCACUGUAAAAGUAUCACGCGAAACACCACGAAUUAAGAAUAGAACACGUUUAUAUGUACUGCGAUAACGUGUGGUAUUGAAAUUAUUUUCAGACCCGUUCGGAUUCUCUUCCCAUCGGUACUACUCGCCGAUGAAAUUCUAAUCGCUCGCAAAUAUUCUUAGAGCGACGAUGAAAAUAGGGCUGCACGGAUGUCGAGAGCAGGUAGAUGUCGUUUGCGCAACUCAUAAGAUUUCCAAGGCGGUCGGAAAGAAUCGUGUAAACAGAGAUUAAAUAGCUCUACGUGAGAAUUCUCAGGGACCUUAGCUUCAAAUGAUUCGCUAAGAAAAUGAUAAAGGAAUUUUCAGUAACACAACCUCUUGAUCAAACCUUGGCAAAGAUUUAAAGUCGAACGAGCAAUUCCUUGCAGGCGAUGAGACAUUGGUAGACACAGUGAUAAGUAACAGUGUAACGCUGUCAUAGGAGCCCUUGUAGUAUAUACAAGCGAUCUAUGAUGGAUUAUACAACCGUAGUCGAGCAAGCUGUCAAGCAGUUCUAUGCAGAGGGAAACAACGAAGUGCACUCUUGGCUCAUACGGGUUCAAGCCUCCCCAGAGGCUUGGACGUUCGUCUGGGACCUCCUCGAUCCUUCCAAGGCAUGGGAGGUCCAAUUCUUCGCUGCUACGACAUUGCACAUCAAAAUUUCCAAACAGUGGGACGAAGUGCCUAGUAAUGAAUACCCUGCUCUGCAGGAGCGCUUGCUCAAUAUCAUGAAACAACCAAAUACGCCCAAGUUUGUCCUUUCCAAACUCUGUCAAACGUUAGCUGUAUUCGUGGCGAAAGCCAGUGCUGUCGAGAACGAGGACGAAGAUAGGAACGUCGACGAUAAGAAUGUAGUCGACGAACUCAUGAGAAUGUUACCCUACGACUCGCUCCCCAUGUUGGAAUUGUUACUACGUACGCUGUCCGUGUUACCAAUAAAGUCUGAAAGGAGGUACGAAGCAAAAGGAGCAAAGUUACCUAAAAGUCUAGUUUAUGGUUGGUACAAAACAACCUGGCUCCUUCAGCAAGUUUUCUCCAUGUGCAACCCACACUCCCCAGACUGUGACAAGGCGUUACAUCUCUUAGCAAUGGAGUGCGCAUUAUCGUGGCUGAAGGUUGAUCAACUUCCACUGGAUGCAACUGCACAGAUAUAUCCUCAUUUACUCGUCGCUGCAGCUUAUUACGCCCCAAGCAGAGGAUGUCCCGAAGAGGAAAAUUCCAAAGGUUGGGAUAUUGUCCAACAAUGUUUGAUUAUGAUAGUGUCUCAUUGCGAACUUAGAAACAGGCCACAGACGUUGUGGGACUGGGCACAGAGCCUGGUGACCAUGGCCAGACAGUACAACAGAAAGUACUUCUGCGAAAUUCUCACUGCCAUCGGAGAGAAUCACAGCAGAGAGUUUCUGAUCGCUUUAGUGAAAGAAGGAAACGAAACGCGGAAAUGGACAUCGGAGAAUCUGAUCGAGCUACUUUUGCAAUGUUCAGAGCAAGAGGGACGGUACCCAACGGAUGAAACACGCAGCAAUAUACCUUUUCUAUUUUGGUACGGGUUACAAGACGACGCCGCCACCCUCGACCAACCUUACGAGAGCUGCGCCCUGCAGGCCCUAAAGCCCAUUUACGCGAGACUAGCUCAAGCGUUGCUGCGCAAAUCGACGCUUCCCUUGACUCCCAGCGAGGCGGGAGACGCGGAGGAGCGGGAGCGAUUCAGGUGUUACAGACAGGAUCUAUCGGACACCUUGGAUUACUGUUACAGGGUGUUACGACAGGAUCUACUGGUACUUCUUGGGCAAAGAUUGAGUCAGUCGCUGGAUGGUACGGAGAAGUGGGCAGAUGUGGAGUCAACGUUGCAUGCCUUCGAAGCUCUGGCUGACAGUGUUGGCACAGAGGAGUCGCAUUACAUUCCUGCCCUGAUGGAUCUGAUUCUCACUCAUAUUCCGUACGAUCUCUAUCCUGGAGAGGUCCUAGCAUGCGCCUGUUCGGCGAUGGGAGCGUACGCGGAGUGGAUAGGAGCGCACCCCGAUCCCUGGCUAGAAAGAGCCCUGCGAAUCGUGACUCUGGGUCUGACCAGAGGCUCUAUCACGGCUCCCCUCGCCAGCAUGGCCCUGAAAGAUCUGGCGAGGGAGUGCGGACAACACCUGACCCCUUUCGCGCCGUCUAUCCUCAACACGAUAGAGCAAACGCUUCCAAACGUUACACCGGGAGGCGGGGAAGGUCUGCGACUGAUGUACGCCGCCGGGAAAUUAUUGAACACUCUGACCACCGCCGACGAGCAGCUAGCCCACCUCGACGCCACGUUAGGCUUGUGCAUAAUUAAAAUACGAGAGUUGUUAAAGCAACCGCUGUUCGUGGCGCGUAGCGCGGUGACAAAGCAAUUGAAAAUGGUCAGCAUAUUCUUUUCCACCCUGGAAACGUCCAUUGGAAAGGCUGUGCUGGACGGGCUCCUGCCUAUAUUCAAUCAGAUCGUUGGCCACCCUGAGUGGGGCCAGGACAAUUCCACGCUGGAAGAGAUGUACAUUUGCGCGAAGAAGUCGCUGCCUUCGUUGUUGCACCCCGAAGUGGACGCUCGACCUCUCCUCCCCAUUCUGGCCGGCUCGUACAAGACCUGGCCCCAUCCUGCCGCGUUGGAUCUCCUCAAACAACUCGUCCUGCUGUUUGGCAGGGACCCUGACAACAUCAUAAGGCCAAUUUUCGCGGAGCUCAGCUCGGUCACGCUGAGUGGCGUCAGAGCCUGCAGAUCGGUGCGUGGUAAUCUCUCCGAUUGGGCGGAGUUGAUGGAAGCCUACCUUGGCCUUCUCGCACAGAUUUGCAAGAAGAACAUCAGGUUGCUGCUGCAGAUACCCGAGCAGAUCCCAGAGAUGCUGCAAUGCGGGAUCGAUUGCUUAACGUUACCGGAAACCAGGACCGUUAAGGCAGCCGUGAGCUUCCUCAGUCACGCCAUCAAACAGAGCCCAUACUUGGAAACCUUCAUCCAACCGAUCGGCCAGGAACUCGUUUCCGUGAUCUUGCAAUGCGUUGGUGGACUGGUGUCGAGGAACAAUUUAGAGCCCCACGCGGAGGUUUUGUUGUCGUUGAACAGAACGUGCACGGAACGGAUGGCGCAGUGGGUUCUCGUCGCGUUCGAGAUGCACUCGGACGCGUUCCCGGCCUCGCAAGUACAAAAGGCGAACUUUACACGCAUGGUUCUGAGGGAACGACAGAACUCGAGGCGAAUGCACGAGAUCCUGUGCGACUUCGCCGCUCAAAAUCUGUCUAUGACGAAGAUAUAAUAACGAGCUAGAAGAUAGCUAGAAGAUAUAAUAAUGAAUUGUGACGAAAGGUGACCACGGCGCGUCGACGAGAAUACUCGAAACUCCGUCUGCGUACUCUGUAAAAUACCUUCUCCCGCGAGUAGAAUUAAUCAGGGUAACACCGUUUAUCUUUUAUAUAAUAAAUAAUUUUAAAUAAAGACUGAAACGAUGGUGGAAACACGACGGACAACGAACGUUUGCGUUACAUACGUAACCCAUGGUUUUUAUUCAUCUUCACCCGAUCAGUGUUUUACAAAUUUACAAACGCAAGUGCCGUUUUCUUUUCAAGGCGCAAUUUUGAUUUCGAUAGAAUCCAUGCCAUUUACAAAUAUCUCCUCUAGGAAACAAAGAUUCGUACAGCUUUCAAAUAAUCGAGCGAAUCAGCCUAUGAAAUCACAAAAAUAACAAUGUUCGUCUGGUCGACUACACGUAAAAUAUCUUUUCUUUCUUUCGUCGCUUUUAUCAGUAAGUCUAAAUUAAAUGAUCACAUUUCGGCGUACCGAAGUACGCCGUCGUACACCGCAACUUCGCGUUUUUAUAGUACUCAAUACUGUUCUUCGCACAACCACGAAUCGUACGUAUAAAAGUCAAUUCAAUCUUAUAAUUAACGUAUCCUUCGACGUCCUUUUGUACAGUAUAACGAGCCAAUACCCUUAGAAAAGAAAUCUAAAAUAACGCUACUUACAAACUGAGUAUUAUGUACACGAUAUUUCAAUUUCAUUUCGUAUAUACUCUUUUACAUGAUCAGUACUCGUCUCACUCGGAACCUUUUUAUUACAAAAUAUAAAAAAGAAGUGUUCGAAAAAUGAAAAUAAAUACGUAUCAACAUC